GAGCAACCAAAUGAAAAUGGUUCUCCUUGGUCGUAAUGGCAGUGGCAAAACUGCCGUGAUAGAAUCACUUCUUGGAACAUCCAUCACACAUGGAACAUCAUCGUUUGGGUGGAAUAGUAUCCAUACAGUGACAAAGCAGAACUCUCAGUUAACCAUUAUUGAAACACCUGGGCUAUUUGCAGAAGAACAGGAUAUUUACGCAAAUAAAAUGAGACUUGCAGAAUCGGUGUACACCUUCACACCAGGCCCUGAUGCCUUUGGACUUGUAAUUCGAAUAGGUCGAUUUACACCAGAGGAGAAGACAAUGAUAGAUAUUCUUAGAGAAAUGUUUGGAGAAGAAGUGUUUCAAUUUACUGUUCUUAUCUUUACGAGAUUGGAUGAUCUAAAGUAUGAUGGCGUUACCCUGGAGGAAUACGUACAAGAGAGUACACCGGAGUUGAAGAGAGUCCUUAAUGCAUGUGGAGGAAGAUACAUUGGUUUCGACAACACAGGAACGUGGGAAUCCAGAUCAGAGUGUGGACAUAAGCUGCUAUCCAUGUUACAAGAUCUCCGGACGCGGAACAGCACCAUGGUUUAUACUGUGGCCAUGCUUGAGGACGCCACUAGGCGCCAACAGAAGAAAGAAGAAGAGGCUCGCAAUGAACUAGAACAGAGCUACAAGGAAAUGAAAGAAGAGUUGAAAAGUACCAUGAGACAGGAAAUGGAGGAUGAGAUAAGAAGACAGAGGCGGGCUGAACAAAGCAUCACUGCCCCUAUUUUAGCGUUAAACACUCAACGGAGAGAUAUUACAACAGGAUAUGAGCCAAGCAAACCCCAAAGUAAAAUAUACACAAGACAGAAGGAUGUAACGGGGCACACAGUCUGCAAAACAAAUUCAAGAGAAGGAGCUGCUUCUCUCAAACAUGAAAGAGGACCCAAGCCAAAGUUAAAACCAAAGCCUACACCUCCAAAAGUACAACAACACAUCUCUACAGAUACGCUCGUCCAAGAUGGUGCUCAAAACGAAGGACAUACUACCAGAGUGAAACCAAAACGAAGGGGGAUGAUUGGAAGAUUGAUUCGCUUUUGGGAGUCAUUUCACUCAAAAUAAGGCUUUGAUCCAAACAGUGGUACCUUUUGUCACGACAUGAAGAAACAUGUAACAUAUUCUCUUAACUUACUCUGCUUUACAACAAAUGCAUUUUCCUUCUAUUUCACUAGAAGCCUACUUUAUGUUCCACUGAAUAAAGUGUUUUCACGCUAGUAGUAUCUGUCAUUUGUGUGCACUGCGCAGUCCUUCUUCAAAGCGUUUUGCUUAGAGGCUGUGUUCACGGUUUUCUCUGAUAUUAGUUCAGUAAUGACUCUUUCAUGAGGCCUAUUUUGUGUUGCAUUGAGGUUGUGUUUCAAUUUUGAUUGUUACACAACUAUAUAUUGGUGUUAGAUUCGUGUUUUCCGUCACGCUGCGUGUUUGAUCAGUUUGUUUACAUGUUGAUAAGUCGCAGAUGGCAGACCUGUUGCUUGAGCCUUCAGAGUCGGAGACACUGUCGGUGUUUACCACCAAGUGUAACAGCUGUCAUCUCCCCCAGAGUGGAAGGAUCCACAUAGUUGUUGUUCUGACUGCUUAGACGGGAUGUGCACCAAGAAGCGCCAGCAACAGCCGUCUAGACGCAUGCCUUGGGAUAAAUGCUAAGCUUCGGAUCGGCGCCAGUCGCCAGACAAGCAACAGUCUCCAGAUCAGCGUCAGGCGUCAUCUGAGCACCAGUCAUCAGAGCAGCACCAGUCUUCUGAUGGAUGCCAGUCUACUGAUCAGCGCCAGGUAGCUGAGCAGCGCUGUCGUUCAGAUCACUUUGUGGGGAGCAGGUCGUCUGGUCGGGACCACUCUCGAUCAAGGACUCGCGGUCGUUCUCCUUUCAGAUCAGACGGUUGGGGCAGGUCUGGUGCCAGACAUUGUAGCGCCAGACGCCACUCAUGCUUUCGGCACCACUCGCCAUCGUCAAGUUCUACAUACUACCGUUCAAGGUCGCUGACCAAAGGAGUUCACCUAGCGCCAGGCGCCGUUCGUCGAGGGCCAGUCGUCACCUGUCACCACUUCCCAUGUCGCCUGUCAUGGUCUUUCAGAC